CUGAAAGUUUACAAAGUAUCAGGCACAUAAUACGUGAAGUUCCCUAAAUAGAGGCAUUCAGAUAAUGCGCACGAGACGGGUAAAGUGCACAAAGCUACCGGGCAAAAAAAUGAGAGAAAUACCAAGCAACUACAUUAAAUAGUCUUACAAGACUAAUUAUCAGAGUCAAGGGGCAACAGGGAAACUUUGAAUGAAAUUGACUGUAUGGCACAUACCACCUAAAAUUAUAACACAUUUUGUGAUAGCUUGAGAUAAACUGUUUAUAACGGCUGUGUGAAAUUAAAAGAACACACAGAACAAAAAAAAAAGUGUUUGAGAAGAGAAAAAUCCAGUGUCUGAAGAAAAGCAGUCCUUCCGCAGACUAAGAAAGGAGGAGGAGACAGCCUCACCCACUGGCUCAGAGAAACAGGAGAGACAAGAAGAGUGCAAGGCUAGUGACACCUGCAACAUGAUUCAAAGGCACCUCAACAAAAUGAGACAGCUGGCCAACUAUGGCCCAGGAAGGUCCCAGGAUGUAACAGACAUGCUGACUGAGGAUUUGCUGCAGGCAGACCAGCAGGUAGAACCAGUGAAGAAAGUGGCUCAUCUUGUUGGAAAACGUCUUGCUAGUUGUAUGCAGAGCCCCAUUGGCUCUGACAUAGAGAAAAGGCUGAAAAAGCUUGCACUAAUGUCUCUAUCUAUGGCAAUGGCUGAUUGUAUAAAAGAGAUUGACUGUGAGUCAAGCCUAAGGAGAACACUGGAAAUGAGCUGCUGUGUGGAGAACUCCUUGGCUCAAGACCUGGUAGAAUUUGAAAUGAUCAUGGAGCGAGAUGUAAUACAGCCCUUAAACAGACUUAGCGAGGAUGAAUUACCUGGUAUCCUAAAACACAGGAAACAACUCCAGAAGCUGAUUACAGACUGGAACAAUAUAAGGAACAGAUUAUCUCAGGCCCAGAAGAAUAUUUCUGGGGGGCAAGGAGGUGUCAGCACAGGGACACCAGCCAAACUGGAAAGUCUUAAGGAGGAGGAGGAAGAGCUAAGAAGACGACUUGAACAAAGCAAGGAUGAAUAUUUGUCAGACCUUUAUCAAUUCAUGACCAAGGAGGAGGAAUAUGAAAAAUACUUUAUCAGGCUCCUGGAACUGCAGGCUGAGUAUCAUAAAAAGUCCCUGCAACACCUGAUAGAAGCGCUCGGAGAGCUCAGGGACACUUUGAAGCAGACAGCCCACUCCCCAGGAGAGAAGACACCUGCUACUGUUUAUGGUGUACCACUGGAGACACAUCUGUCUAGGUUUGACUGCGAGAUUGCUGUGCCCAUAUCUGCCUGUGUUAAAAUGCUCCUGACGCAUGGAAUGCAGGAAGAGGGCCUAUUUCGAUUAGCUGCUGGGGCCUCAGUUCUGAAGAAGCUUAAGGCCAGUCUGGGUGCAGGCACAAGUGACCUGGCUGAAUUUACUUCUGAACCUCAUGCUGUGGCAGGUGCACUGAAGUCAUACCUGCGAGAGCUCCCUGAACCUCUAAUGACCUCUGAACUCUUUGAUGAGUGGAUGAAGGCUGCUUGCACCAAAGAGCCUGAGAAACGCACAGAAUGCUACAGAGAGGUCUGUAAGAAGCUACCACCUGGAAAUUUUAACAAUCUCCGGUAUCUAAUAAAAUUUUUGGCAAAAUUGGCAGAGCACCAAGAUACAAACAAGAUGACGCCCAGCAACAUUGCAAUUGUACUUGGUCCCAACCUAUUGUGGGCCAAAAGUGAUGGAGAACCCUCAUUGAUGAAUAUGGCAUCAGCUAGCCCAAUCCUGGUAGUGAAUGUCGUUGAAGGGCUGAUUAACUGUGCUGCAGAUGUGUUUCCAGAAGAUGCAGAUUUUGGAAUUCCAGAGGCAUCUGCCACAGUAUCAACAGCAAUGUCCUUACACAUUCUAGAAAAGCCAACACAAGACCAAAAUGACCAACAACCUCAAGAAGAACCUCUUCCUUCAUCCCCUCCACCUACAAGCACAGUAAUAGAGGCUGAUUGUGUAAUUGGGCCUGCAGUGUUAGCUCCAGAAAAAUCAGCACCACUAAAGCCUCUCGCAUCAAUUGAAGAGAUCAGUCCCAUUGGUAGCCCUGCAGAAGCCAGCCCCAACACUUCACGCAAAGUCAAGAGACCAGCUCCUCAGAGACCGAGUGGCCCACCCCCUAUACAGCCUCGAGCUCCCUCUACCACUGAUAAUAUAGAAGACUAUCAAAGCCCCAAACCUACUCCACGAAGAAAUAUAGGGGGUAGUGUCAGAGUACCAAAUGUUGCUCCACCGCAACCACCACUGCCAGACAAGGCUGCCAGUGCAACUGCAGUUGACAACGAUUUAUCUUUGAAGAUGCCACCACCAAGACCACUGCCAAGAAACAGAAUUCAGUCCUCAGAAAACUGAAUUGGGAAUUACUUCCCACCUUGCCCUUUCCAUGACUGUAAAAGAAUGCAUAGAUAAAACAUCCAUGUUUUUCCUGUAUGUUAUAAUGAAGUUAUGAUCAACUAGGUAUGCAGUAGUCAGAAGUCACAAUGUGUCUGGCUUUGUUGCAAACAGAGAACACAAAGUUAAAUCCAAUAAGGGAAAAAAUGAAAAUAAUCCAAGCACAAACAUGAUAAUGUACAAUGGUGUUAAGGGUUAAGGAUCCUUCCCCCUUAACUUUUGUGUUGUUUGCAGCUCUUGCUCACUUUACAAUAAAUAGGUGAGUGUCUCACCAUUGCACAUUAUCGAGCUUGGAUUCUUUGUGUUUCCCUCAAUGGAUUAUUGGAGCUGCAGAGAGGGAGCCAUAGCAGUGUUUAUCCUAUAGCUGCACAGGACAUUACAUCUCUGUUAAUUUAUUUAGUAUGGUAUGUAUUCCCAUUUUAUAAUUUUGGACUAGAUACAAUUAAGUAAGGCAGGGAAAACUAUGUAUAGAUUGUAAAUGAAACUUUGCAAGAAAUGGAUAUAUAACUGAUAUAUAUAGCAAUACUACAAUUAAUCUUUUAAUAUAACCAAGGAUGCAGCCAAUCUCAUGUGCAAAAGCCCAUUGCAUCUGGUCAUGAUCAUUUUGUUGCAGACUAGCUAAAAUCUUGAAUUUAAAAGGAUAAUCUUGUGUAUUAAAACCUAUUGUUUCCUCUUCAAUUAUACUUCUAGCUUCUAGUGUAAAAUUUGUUUUAAAACACUGUUUACAUUAUAUUUUGAACUCUUUUGUUGUCUGAGGAAGAUAUGUAAUAGUGAGGUUACAUGGCAAAGCCACACCUUGACUUAGAUGAGACAAAUUUAAUGGAUACAUGAAGUAACUGGCACAAAAGUCAAUGAUUUCUUCUGUCUUUUUUUCUACUUAUGUAUUUUUAAAACUUUUAUGUUAAACACAGGACUGGAGCCUAUGUUAACAUCUUGUUUUAAUGGUAAAGUGGUUAAAUCUGCCUGUCUACCAAUGUAUUAAAAGUGUUUAGGCUAUUAAUACACUUCAUAUGAUCAAGUA